GUGCGCUGCGAUGGCGGAGGGGGCGAUUCUGCAGGCUGCGCCGCCGCUGCGGCGCCAGGUCCGCCAGGCGGGCCUCGGCGGAGGCGCCUCAGCGCCAGGCAGCGGAGCCAGUGGACCUGGAAGGCCUUCCUCCACGAGCGCGCCUGCGGGCGGCGUUUCACCGCUGCGGUCUUGGCCGAGCUGCCGCAGGUAUAUCAUGCUUUGGGCCCAGAAUCUACACGUCGGCACCAGGAGAUGGGCGGCUUGGCGGCCAACCUCUGGGAAGCUGGCUGGGAUCAUCCGUUCGCCCCCCGCGCGUCGAAGAACCGCAGGCGCGUCGGCAGCUUCUGGAGGCUGGCUGCCCAAGCGACUCGCUUGCAACUGGUUGGCGGCGCAGUGGGCCUUGGUGCAGAUGGUGCUUCCGCGUCGGCAAUCACGGUUGCAGCUGAGCGUGCAUUCGCAGAGGCAGUUCAGCAGCGCAGGGCAGAUGCCAGCUCGGAAGUUGAAGUGCAUGCAGCGCUGGACAGGCAUCAUGAGGAGAGCGCCUCUGGCCUUGCGAAUGCUUGGGCGCCGCUCCGCCGUACAUCCAGCAGCUCCCUCACUGUUCAAUCGCACCGCGUGCCCGUCGUGUAUUGGCGGCCCCCAACGUCAUUGGCAAUCGACGCCGCAGAGCAGGCAUUCUUGAGAGUAAACAUGAAGGAAUCUGAGAAUAAGUGGGCUGACGACCACAUUGUGAUCGAGCGCGGCAGCUGCAGGCCCCUGGGCAACGUGCCUGUCGUGCGGCGGCGGUGCCAUGAAGCUGGGCAGUGCGUCUGCAGCGAGCCUCGGUCGCGUCUUGACGAUCUGGAAGGCCGCCUGCGGAGAGCUUUGUCCCAUGCUGGGUCGAUGCUUGCCGACGCCCAGAAGGCGUGGCGGAAGACCAUUGACAGGGGGGAGGUUGUCUUGGGCAUCCAGUGCUAUCCCCGCGCUGGCGCGGGGUCUGGAGUUGUUCUUGUCGAUGGCGAUGGUGCCCCGAACAAUGCUGACAUGCUGUUCUUCCGCCUGUCGUACAUCUGCCACGGCGGGAGCAUGCCGUGGGCCGCUGGGUUUGUCAAGCUGGACCGCGAUCCCAGCGGCGACAGACCAGGCGACGAACCGCUGUGUCUGGGAGUGACGCCUUCCCUCGACAGCCCGCCUGGGCAGCUCGGCGAGCCUUGCACGCUUAACGUUUGGGGCAUGCUCGAGUCACUGGACUACGGGGCGGCCCAUGUCGAUGUCACGUUCCACCACUUCGUGCCCUCCCCCGCGGGCGUUUUGAACGUCGACCCGCGCCGCCAGCGCAUUGCCAAGUACCAGGUCGACCCAGUGGAUCUCUGGAACUUGCCCGCCGCGCCCAGGCCUCGCAGGAAGGCUCGGCAGCUAGGCGGUCGCCGUCGGGGGCCCCGCGCCAAGCGACCCCGCGGGGAUGCCCCGCUGGCGGUCGAGGACGCGGAGGGCGACGAUGAGGCAGGCGGCGGCACCAGCGGUGAUGAUGACGAUCGCAUCUUCGAUGAGGAGGGCGCCGAGCUCGAGAGCAUCUCCUCGAACCCGCCGCUCGAGGAUGCCGACGGCGCCAUCUCGACCGACGAGUGGGCCAUGUUCGGUUGGGCCGAUGAGAGCUCUGACUCCGACGACCAGGCGGCGCCACUUGAUGGCAGCCGCGAUGCGGGCGGCGGUCCUGGCGGCGCAGCCGAUGGUCCCAGCGACAGCGGCGGGGGCGCUCCGCCGAUUGCCGAGCCCGGCCUGCCUGAUGAGGUCCAGGAGUCCAUGGUCGAUGAUGCCCCCCCAGAGCCUCCGCCGCCGCGGCUGCCUCAUGAAGGUCCUCGCGGACACGCCGUUGAGUUGCGAGUCCCUGGCGGCGUGCUGAAGAUGCACGGCGAUCGCUUCGUCGCGGAGUGCAGGGGCUGGGGGCGCCCAGGUUGCAGCCUCCAGAGGACGUGGAGGGGCUCCGAGAGGCCGAGCAGGGCUGGGCAAGGCCGCCCCCUUGGCCUUCUGCGCGCGUGGUUGGCGCACGCUCGGCACAGCCCCGACAUGUCGGGGUGGGACCGCGUCCGCCUCCUCAGGCCGUCCCUCGAGCAGCGCCAGGCCGCGCGGGCGGCACUGGAGGCGACGCCAGAGGCCGCGCCUUUUUUGGCGAUGGAGCGGGCCCAGCGGCCUGGAGAGCCCGCAGAGCCGCCCGUUGCCCCGUGA